AUGGCGUUGGAUCACAAGACGUUCCGUCUGCAGGAUGUACCGCAAGCGUUUUGGGCAGUUGCAUCAAAUCGUUUCGGACAUGAACUUGUACUCAACUACUUUUUAGAGAAUUGGGAUCGGAUCUAUAAAAGCCUUGGCCGAAACUUCAUUUCAUUACAAGGUGUGAUCAAUGCAUGCCUUUCGAAAGGUCAUACCAAAGAACAUUUAGAUAAGGCGAAAGAUUUCAUGAAAAAUCACUGGUGGAUUGCCUCUUUUAACCAAUUUCACAUGAGUUUGGAAAUGAUUGGAGUUCGAAUGGCAUGGAUCAAAGCACACUACAAACCGUUAAUGGAAUUCAUCAAAUCUCAUAGCUAA